GGAAGAAAAGAUUUCAAAAUAAAAACCCAUUUUUAUGGAUUUUAAUAGAAAAGCAAUGAUUUUUUCAGUGUCAGUGCUUGGAUUGUCUCUCACAAUAUUUCUGUUUGCUUACAUGGUGUUUGGAGACAACACAGAUGAAGAUUUAAGGACGUUGCGGCAAGUUAAUAUGCUAUUAUGUUACCAGUUAAUUUUUAGACAUGGUGCAAAAUAUCCUGAUCGAGCUUAUAGAAAAGACUAUUUACACCAAGAAAUUCAAGCCUCAGACCCCGGCAGUUUGUCAUUAAGUGGAUCUCUUCAAAUGUAUAAUCUCGGAGAGUUACUUCGACAUCGAUACAUUAAACUUUUUCCUAACAACGGAUUUUAUUCUAAAAAGUUUAUUCAAGUGAAAUCAAGUUGGAUGGAUCGGACAAUAGCAAGUGCACUGUCAUUUCUAGCUGGUUUUAUGCCGCCACUACAAAACACUAAUCCACUUCCGAUUCCAUGGCAGCCCGUACCUGUUGUCUCAAUCGCUCGCGAUCGUGAUGAUUUGAUAGCCCAAAAGAGAGCAUGUGCGCGAUAUGAUGAAGUAUAUAAAGCUCAAAUGAAUUCCGAAGAAAUUAAAGCAAUUGAUGAAAGAAGUAAGAAUUUGUAUAAAAUUCUAUCAAAAAAUACUGGCGAGAAUAUCAGCAGCAUUCGAGAUGUAGAAUUUUUACAAAAUACUUUAGAAGCAGAAGAAGCAGCUUCUUGGGAAAUACCUGAUUGGACUGAAGAUUUCUAUCCUUCAAAAACUUUACCUUUAGCUGAGAGAUAUUUGAGACUGUUAACAGAAACUCCUUUCAUGAAAAGAAUAAAAGGUGGACCAUUAAUCACUGAAAUCAUCGAAACGAUGGUUGCAAGAAAGAAUCAGUUAUCAGAGAAAGCAAUUUCAAUUUAUUCAGGGCAUGACGUCACUUUAGUCAACGUUAUGAAUGCAAUGCAUAUUUUAAAUCAAACAUCAGGAAAACCUGAUUUUGCAGCUGCAUUAGCCAUUGAGUUACAUCUCAGCUUAGAUCAUAAAAAUGAUAUGGAUGUUAAAAUCUAUUAUUACUUCAAUUCUGAAGACAAAUAUCCUAAAAGUAUAAAAAUUCCCAGUUGUGAUUCUCCCUGUUCAUUGGAUCGAUUUCGUAAAGUCAUGAAUGGCUUGAUUGUCAAUGACUUCGAAAAGCUUUGCGAAACAGCAUAAAAGAAAUCUUUCAUCUCAAUCAAGAAUGUUAAAAUAAUUUUAAGUUGAAUUGUGGUUGUUGAUUUAUGAUUCUCCUUACGAGGCCCAGAGACUUAGAGAAUGGAAAAAUUUUCCAUAUCAUAAUUGCUUGAAUGUGCUAAAAAGAUAUUUUACAAAGUGACUGCAAUAAAGACAAAGAAAAUAUAUUUAUUAUUUAAAUAAACGAAUUUAUUGUCCAAAA